CCCAAUAAAGGGUUUAGUUGUUUAAUUCCCACGCCCUCUUCAUCAUUCUCAAACUAUAUUUCACAUUCCCAAGCUAAUUGUUUGUACAAUCCUCUGUAUAUAAUAGUUGAAGCUCAAUUAGGUUAUCUGGGAAUCCAACAUCCUAGAAGGAAGGAAAAAUAAGAAGAAGACCGAUGAUGAAGUGGUCACCGUGGCCGGGAGGGUCAACGAGGAGGUUUCACGUGAAAGUCAACCAGCUAAAGCUUUAUGGAUUUUCAUGUGAAAACGAGAGAGAAAAAGAAAAGGCAUUGUUGAUCGAGGUGAAAUGGAAAGGGCCCAAGAAGCCUGGAGGUCCUUCCGGCAUGUUAAUGGCGCCGUUCUAUGGACGAUCGAGGUGUCAGAAAAACUGCACCGGUAAGGGGUUUUUCGGGAAAGGUGAAAUCGUUGAAUGGGACGAUGAGUUUCAGAGCCUCUGUAGUUUUAGCUCCAAACAGAGUGCUGGUGGUUCUUUUAGUCCUUGGGAUUUGACCUUAACUUUGUUAUAUGGAGAGAGUGCAGACUCGACAAGGGUUCUGGGGAAGGUCUCGAUGAACUUAGCAGAAAUGGCUUCGAAGAUGGAAGCUGAGAUUCAGGCAAAGCUUUCUGUAAAUUUGAACAUGGAAGGGAUGAUCAUCCCCAUUGAAGCUAAUCUGUUGGUUAGUCUAAGCUUUGCUGAGGUCAGAAAUACACAUGACUCGGCCGGAAUCGUCAAUGAUUCGGCCGAGUCUGACAAAGACAGGAUGGUACGAGGGGUCAGCUACUUUAGAAGCUUCAGAAAGACCAACAAGGAGAGAAAGAGUUCUGGCGACGGAAUCACCUCAAGUGACACAGAGGAGUCAUGCUUGACCGAUUCAGACGUAUCUUCAGGGAAUGAAACCUCACAGACUGAAUUGGGACCUUCCCCGAGUUCUGGGACUCAGUUUGACUCGGGCCAGAGGAGUUGGUUCUCUAGGAAGCGAAAGUGGUUCAGUCCUAAACCACCUAGGAGAAAAGUAGAGCCGUUGAUUGAAACGACUGGAAAAGUCAACGCAUAUCCCAUUGCUGUUGAAAAUCAUCUCAGUGAUUCAACACAGAUUAUAGGUACUGUUGAACAUACUUCACAAUCAUACCACCAAGAUGGAAAUGGCAUCACAAGUAAUAGCUGGGAAGCAAGGGACCUAGCGAGCAGAGAUGGGCAAGCAAAGAUCACAACCAAUGUUUUCUUUGCCUCCUUCGACCAACGCAGUGAAAAGGCCGCUGGUGAGAGUGCCUGUUCAACAGUAGUUGCCGUCAUUGCCCACUGGCUGCAUUCAAACCAAGGCUCCAUGCCUACAACAUCCGAAUUCGACAACCUCAUAACUCAAGGUUCCUCAGAGUGGCAAAGGCUUUGCAGCAAUGAGGCUUACCUGAACUUGUUUUCCAACAAACACUUCGACCUUGAAACAGUUUUGAACGCUGAUCUUAGACCUCUACAAGUCGUAUCAGAGAAAUCAUUCAUCGGAUUCUUUAGCCCCGAGAAGUUCGAGAGCUUGAAGGGGCACAUGUCAUUCGAUCAGAUAUGGAACGAGAUAGGCAAGAAUACCAGCUGCGACGAACCAAGGAUAUACAUUGUGAGCUGGAACGACCAUUUUUUUGUUUUACAGGCAGAAGUGGAUGCUUACUAUAUCAUUGAUUCAUUAGGUGAGAGACUCUUUGAGGGGUGUGACCAGGCAUAUAUACUGAAGUUCGAUGAGUCGAGUAUCAUAUAUGAGGGUAACUUGGAUAAGACGGAGGAUGGUCCAAAGGAAAUGGGGGGUUCUGAGUUUAGUGAGGGAAGAACAGAAGUCAUAUGCAGAGGAAAAGAGUGUUGUGGAGAGUUCAUCAAAAGAUUUCUUGCUGCCGUACCACUUGAGCAACUUGAGGAGGAAGAAAAGAAGAAAACAGUUUCUGAUAUAACUCUCCACCAGCGUUUGCAGAUUGAAUUUCACUACAGCUAUUCUCCUUUUACUUCUUCUGCAACUUCUUCCUCUCACUCUCUUUUCUAACUUGAUGAGUUCAUAGAAAUCCAGUAGCCAAAUUGUAUAGCAGGCCUAGCCUCCUUUUCAUUUUCUGAUGCUAAACUUAGAAAAAUUGAUGAAAUCAACAUUCCGGUAUUCUGCAAAUUCAAGAGUGGCCUGAUUAGAAGUGCCACUGAAUAAUACCUAUUAACAGAAAAUUGGACUUCUCACCAUUUUCUUC